AUGAGCAGUGAACACAAAGUGUGGUCGCAUCUAUCGGCAGAAACGUGGGGAUUUCCGAGCAGCACGACGAUGAGCAUGACGAACGGCAACGCGAUGACGUCGUCGACGACGACAACGACGACGACCGGCAACGAUUCGUCGCAAACGUCGGGCGGCAUUACCACCUACAAUUUGGAAAAUGUCAAAAUCGAGGAGAAGCACGACACACCGCCGCAGUAUACUGAUGGUUAUGGACCACCAACCGGCUCGGCGGCGGAUCCUGCAAACUAUGUGGCGGAUCCAGCCGGAUUUUAUGGGCUUUACGCCGGCAUGACCGGACAGCCGGCGUCCGCCUCAAUGAUGCAUCAUGAGAUGGAUGAGCAGCUCAAACGAGACAAAGAAGCGAUCUAUGGGCACCCUCUUUACCCCCUACUUGUUGUGCUUUUCGAGAAGUGCGAAUUGGCUACGUGUACGCCGCGCGAGCAAUCGAGAGAUGGCUCGUCGACGGCUGAUGUAUGCUCGAGUGCAUCGUUCAAAGAUGAUUUAAACGAAUUCGUGCGGCAUACGCGCGAAAACGCCGACAAGACAUUCUAUGUGCCGAAUCCUCAGCUUGAUCAAUUGAUGUUGCAAGGCAUUCAAAUGCUCCGGUUUCAUUUGCUUGAACUCGAAAAGGUUCACGAACUUUGCGACAACUUCUGCAAUCGCUACGUGACGUGUCUGAAAGGAAAAAUGCCGUUGGACAUUGUUGGCGAUGAGCGCGCGUCGUCAUCGCAGCCGCCAAUGUCGCCGAGCUCAAUGGGACACGGCGGUGUGCACAAUUCAUCGCCGUCGAUGUCGCAAACCCCAAUGAGCCAUUUUCCGCAAUAUGAGCCGCAAACGGUGCCAUUGCCCGAGAAUCCAGUUGGCUCCGGCCAUCAACAACAAGUUGCUUCAAUGGGAUAUGGAAUGCCAGCGUCAUCAUCGUCAUCAGCGGCGGCCGCCGCUUCGCAGCAACAAUCACAAAACUCGCAACAAGGGGACCACCCUUUAGUGAACAGCGGGACGCUCCACUCGGCGGCUGGAGCCUCCCAGACGCUGCUACCAGUCGCCGUCAGUAGUCCAUCGGCAUGCUCGUCAUCCGGCGGUCUACGGCAGGACUCGACGCCGCUCUCCGGCGAGACUCCAUUGGGACAUACGAAUGGCGGAAAUUCGAUUGAUUCGAUCUCCGAAGCAGCAGGUCCGCCACUUCACCAUCAUCAUCUACACCAACACGUUCACCAUCAUUUCGCUUCAUUCCCUUCGUCGUCGUCGGCAUCGUCAUCGUCUUCGUUGUCGUCGUCGUCGUCUUCGUGCGCGAGCGCCACCGCUUCCAAUAUCAUUGAUCAGAGUUUGCAUUGUGCCGGCGUUGUGCCGAUGAUGAUGAUUGAAAGCACCGCCGCUUCGACAUCGUCGAUAUCUGCAGAUCACGUCGUCGGCAUGCAGGCGCCUCCGCCGCCGCCGCACCACAUGUACCAUCAUCAGCCGGUUUACAUGCCGCACGACUCGUAUGAGUUUGGAAUCUAUCCGCCAGAUCCGCCGCAACCGCCGAAACCUGAUGAUAGUCCGAGUAAUAAGAAGAAGGGCACCGGUGGCGACGAGUUCUCCGUGUGCGGCUCGAACGACGAUGGAAGAGAAUCGGUGUUGUCGGAAGGCGCGAACGGCAGCCUCAACGGCAAACGCAAAACCCCGAAGGUGUUCUCGAAGGAAGCGAUCACCAAAUUCAGGGCGUGGUUAUUCCAGAAUUUGUCGCAUCCAUAUCCAUCGGAGGAGCAAAAGAAACAGCUGGCAAACGAGACUGGUCUCACCAUUCUUCAAGUCAAUAACUGGUUCAUCAAUGCUCGUCGCCGCAUCGUUCAGCCGAUGAUCGACCAGAACAAUCGUGCCGGUCGCGCGCCGCCGGUGAACGUGUUCAAGAAUCGCCGACGCAAUCGAAGCGAUCAAUCGCCAGGACCGAGUCCCGAUUUCGACGCCGGCAGCAACUAUUCGCCGGAUCCGUCGACGAUGCCCGGCGCCGGCGGAAUGCAAUAUCCGAGCGGCGCCGAUUUGUACAGCAUGACGACGAUGUUCAAUUCUGGAUACGCGCCGUUUCCCAAUCCAGCAAUGCCAUUCACGAUGCUGGUCCCGCCAAGAGUUGAUGGAAUGUCCCAACCGUGGGGUGUUGAUUUGUCAGCGCAACAAAUUGACUGA